GUGUAUUUUAGUGAAGAAAAAUGUCUGAUUCUGCAGUUGCAACGUCCGCUUCCCCAGUGGCUGCCCCGUCAGUGUCAGUUGAGAAGAAGGUGGCCACCAAGAAGGCAUCUGGAUCCGCUGCCCCAAAGGUGAAAAGGGCUGCUGCCCCGCCAUCGCAUCCGCCAACUCAACAAAUGGUGGACGCAUCCAUCAAGAAUUUGAAGGAACGUGGCGGCUCAUCGCUUCUGGCAAUUAAGAAAUACAUCACUGCCACCUAUAAAUGCGAUGCCCAGAAGCUGGCUCCAUUCAUCAAGAAAUACUUGAAAUCCGCCGUGGUCAAUGGAAAGCUGAUCCAAACCAAGGGAAAAGGGGCGUCUGGCUCAUUUAAACUGUCGGCCUCCGCCAAGAAGGAUCCGAAGCCGAAGCCUGCGUCUGCUGAGAAGAAGGUGAAAAGCAAGAAGGUAGCCGUCAAGAAGACCGGAUCCACCGCCAAGAAAGCUGCCGCCGGAGCUGACGAGAAGAAGCCCAAGGCUAAGAAGGCUGUUACCACCAAAAAGACCGCAGAGAAGAAGAAAACCGAAAAGGCAAAGGCCAAGGAUGCCAAGAAAACUGGAACCGUAAAGGCGAAGCCAACAGCAGCGAAGGCCAAGUCGAUCGCAGCGAAGCCAAAGGCGGCGAAAGCACCAAAGGCCAAGCCAGCGGCGUCUGCUAAGCCCAAAAAGGCGGUGAAAAAAGCAGCUGCUCCUGCUACCGCUAAAAAGCCGAAAGCCAAGACUACGGCUGCCAAGAAGUAAAUUGAGCAAAAGUACAGUACCUGGUACCUGCUCGCAAUCGCUAUUUUAGAUUUCGAUAUCUGAAAUUAGUUUAAACAAGCCCUUUUCAGGGCUACAACGUUCGUUAACAAGAGCCGUUAGCAUUUUUUUUUUAAAGAAGUGUGGCCGCAUUGAUUUCAGCAGCUGUACCAGAGUAUCUUAAAAUGCAAGUCAAAGAAUGUUCCUCGCCACUUUUUGCAGAAACUCGUUAUCAAUCGAUGUUCAUGAUUUAAUAACUAUACUAUAAAGCUCCAGAAUAAGUUCUUCAGAAAAAAAAACACAAAUUGAACUUA